CUGCGGAUAUAGAGGGACCGCUUCUGUGCUGUGUCCAUUACAAUUAAAUGCAUAUGGACAAAACCAGCGUCCAUCUUAAGUCUGCUACACAAGGCCCAGCAUUUUAGUUUGUCUUCAGAGCUGCCAUCAAACAAGGUGUUCCCAGCACUCAGGUAAGACGUUUAUGUUCCCUCCUUUAAACUAGAAAAUGAUUUAAAGGUACAGUGUGUAGAAGCUGGCAGCAUUUCGUCUAACAGAAACGGUGUAAAUGGGAUAUAAUGUUUAUAUAUUUAUGUGAAGUAUGUUCAAAUAAGUGUACAAUCGUCCCCUUAAAACUUUCGAGUUUUUUACAAUUUAGAAAAAAGCUUUUUAAAUUUAUAUUACCGCGGGUCGCGCUCACGGAGGCUGACUUAACUAACCGCCAUGUUGUCUAUGGCAAUGUUUUGGGGACAGACAGAGCGAAACGCGUUUUUUAAAUACAAACCUGCCCGCCGCUGCUGAAAUCUACCUGGAAGGCAGGCGGAGAAGAGGACUGACCUACAAUCUAUAAAAAUAAUGGUUACAAAAAUGAAUGAAUAAACCCUCACCUCGUCACUGCUGUAAAUGAUGUCCGGCUCACGAUCCUUUUUGGUCUUCACAGGCUCUCAUCGCUUAGUGAUAUGAUGUUUUGGGAAGAGAUGGGCUCAUUCUAAAAUCUGAAUGCUAGAUGUCGCCAAAAUUCCUAUUUCUUCACACUGCACCUUUAAUUGUCACUGAGUGUCAUUAGUCCUUAUUUACUCUGGUCCUUAUGGAGUCUGAAACAAAUAUGAAGUUUUUUAAUUUGUGAGGUAGACUACAAUGUAUGUCUCUUUCUCUCUUUUUAAAACAAAUGCAAGCUCACUUCAAGGACAUGCAAGGCUGUCCUGGGUAAACUACACUUAGUAACUUUAAAAACGCACAUUUUACUUGUUAUUCAUGAACUAUAUUUCCAGUUAUAGUUAUUGUUCUUAUUGCACACAUCUUGUGGGAGACACAAAAUCAGGAAUCAAGGAAACAGUUUAUUCAAUCGCAAUAAAAAGUUGACAGUACCACCCAUUCUUACAAGUCCAAAUUUCAAUAUCUGGUAUGACCUCCAUUUGCUCGCAACAAAUCGGCCACUCUCCGAGGCAUAGAUGUUAUGAGGCCAUUAAUCUGUCUCUGUGGGAUCGCCUGCCAUUCCUCCUGAAGAGCUGUACACGCCUACACGUUUUUAGUCAACAAUUUAUCCCAUCUCAAUAUUUCACUCACUACCCAGUUUAUACACUUGUGAGUACAACUCUCAUGAAUUGGUCUGUGGUUGAGAAAAGGCACAAUCAGUCGUGCAGAAAAAAGGUAUAUUGUGUAUCUGAGAAGUUGUUUGAAGCAUCUGAGUACAUCUCAUGUCAAUUCUAGCAAAUUUUACUGUGCACGUUUUUAAAGUUACUUAGUGUAUAUAGUUUGGUUUGUUUAAAUAGCCAACUUUGAAACUUUACUGUUGCUUUUACUCACAUUUACCAACCUACAGUUUAAACCUGAAUGAGGAUGUGAUGUUUACUUUAUGCUCCUUUAUCAUAUGGAAAUAUGGUGACAAAUACAAAAGAGAAUGUGAACGGAAGAGAUCCCAGUGGAUUUUACACCCAAAAGAGCUCUUUAUUCUUCUCAAUCACUGUAAUUUACACCAUGUAUUAUAAUUCACAUCAAUCAGAGGGUAAAUAGUGAGGGUUUUUUGACUUUACGGUGACGGCAAUGUAACUAUGGAUUCAUGCAUGUGAAUCUUUGCUGUGCUGACAGUUUUUUAAAUAUUUUGGAGCCAAGGCUCUGUGUUUUGAUUCCUUCUUUAUAUUUGCAGCCUUGAUGCUGUGAUAUUUAAAUUGCAAAAAAAACAUUAUCACCAUUAAAGAUACGGUUCAAAACAUUAUUCAGUCAUGUUUUAGUAAAAUUAACUUCAGACAUUACAUGCCACAUAAAAUUGAAAUAUUCCUUUAGAUUUAUAUGAAUCUGAUGACUGUCAUCAGAGCCCCUAUCUGCCUACCAUUAGACUUUUUUAACUUGUCAGGUCUGAAUUACACAGCCGAUCAGGACAGUCAGUGCAGCUUUGAGGAGAAUGUUUUAAACACCAACAUCUGUGUAGACUCAUUCAGACACAUCGCUAUGGCGACGCCACUCACUAAAGUGGACAGUGGCAGAGCCAGUAUUACAGGAUAUGCAAAACUUCAGCUCGAAAUUAUGUUCUGGGUGCAUUUGAAAGUAAGAGAAGUAACAAAAUAGUAUCACCUUAGUAAACUCAAAUGUCCGUGGCUUUGUUAAAAGUAAUUCCCCUCUUGGGAGCUUACAAACAGGAAUGUUCCUCAGUGAAUCAUUUCACAUCUGGUUACAGUAAAUUAUAAUUGUAUUUAGCCGACUAGUAUAAAGUCAGGUAAAGACAUUCUGCAAUCUGAAUACACAUCUUAAGGGUAGAAAGUUAGUUUACAGAAUGUAACAAAUGGGAGCAUUGCUGGCAUCAUCAGCCUUCAAUCCUCUUUGCAGGUUAACAUCUACAUUCCUGCUUUGAAAAGUGUCACUGCUGAGGUCACAGAAAGCAUUACCUAGCAACCACUGGACAACUUUAUUCCUUUUUUCUCAGUCAAAAUAGUACUUUAAUGUGCUAUUCCUGUGAGAUGCUAUCGAUACUAUCAGCUCAUUGUUGUUUACAUUGGAUUAAAGAGUAUUGUAGCAGCAUGGCAGUAGUCAUUAGGAACAGCUACAGUGGCGGAUGGCUGCAUUACAGUUUAGACUGAGCAUUUGACCAGGAUAUUAGGCCUGAACUGAUAAAAAUACAUUUUUUCUAAUUAUAUAUGCCGGCUAAUUUGUUUAGUGUUUCAAAUUGUCAAAAUGCUCAUCAGACCAAAUAAAGAGGCAUUCAUGAGUCCUUCUCUGUUUCAGUGAAAAUGGUCAUGUGACUGACAUAUGCUAGUGUUAGCAUUCAGGCCUUCUGUUGCAAACAUAGACUGUAAAAGAAAUUGGACAAAGCCUUUGUGAUGUCAGCUGUUUAAUCAUGGCAGACAAGAGCCCGCCCACUGAGCUGAACUUCCUGUCAGCGCUAAAGCGAGCCUUCUGGUGCUAGCAUCUGCCUGUCAAGCUAUCUGUCAAUCAAAUGAGACAUGCCAAUCUGUGCGCAGUAAGUUUUUUCCUAAAUAUAAUAGAAACGACUGUGGUACAAAAAAAUUUACCCCUGGUACAGUGGACAUUAACACAUUAGCUAAUGAGACACAUUUAGUUUUUUUGAACCAGGUAGUAAACCAGUUUAUGACACGUGUAAAAUAUUGCUUCUUAACAUGUGUUUAGACAGGACUUCCAAUGUUCCUGCAGCCAGCCUCAAAUGGACACUUGCAGUAUUGCGACUUUUUGCACUUCCUAAUUGGCUUUGAUUUUCAGGACUGGAGGUUGCCGCUUGGUUGCCAGUUAGACAUUGCCAUAUAAAAUGCUGUUUUACCCUUCAGAAAUGAUUUGCAGGCAUCUAAUGCUGACAUUAUAGUCUCUGUAAAGUGAAAUCCAAACUCUGUUUUAACACACUAGAUAUAUUGUAAUAAGGUUGCUGUAAACAUGUGAAAACACUGAGAUCUAUGUUUGACUGAAUUUUUGAUUUAGACUAUAAGAAAGUUGUUCACCUCUUUCCUGGCUUGGUUUUAUUUGAGCAGGGCAAAAAUCUGAGCCCAUGACAUAAUCGGUCUUGAUGGGGAUUUACCCAACCCCACCUCUAAUGGUACAAUAAUAUAAAAUUACUGAGCAACUCAUGUCUACUGUAAAGUUGAAAGCCAGCUACGUGUUGUGUUGUUGGUCAUUGUGAGGUAAAUUUCCCAAAUAUAUCAGCCACGGUGGCCUACGAGCCAUUGCAAGUAUCAUAACAGGGACAUUUGUGCCAGAAAACAGUAAAUUUAAUCCCCAACUUCUAUCUAUGCUCUGGCACAGAGCCAGGCAGCUGCGCACUGAUCAGAAACAUUUUAUUUUAUUUGAGAGGAUUGUAUUGUUCGUGAGUGGGUGUGGCUUCAGCUCAUUCAACCAACAUGCCCACUGCAUCUUAGAGCAGAUAUUACAACCUCAUUUUUCAUGGUUUUGAAGCUUAACUCUUUGGGCGCCAGAGUUUUUUCAAGAAAAUAUUAAAUUGUGAUAUCAAGAUUUCAAAAGGCUGUAGCUUGAAAGUGGUUAGAGAGGCUGUACGUUUUCUACCAUGGCUUCUAACAUGGCUGCCCCUACCGCCGCUGUGUUUUUCAUUCCCUACCGGCCACGGUGGGGCAAAGCAUCAGCCUGGGUGUGGCUGCUUGUGGACUAUCAUGUCACAAGGAGUCGCUGUUGGUGCUCACAGGUGCACCGUCCGUCUCACCCAUGGUUUCACCAGACGACUGAACGUCAUGUCAGAGCGUGAAUAUUCCUCUAUUCCACUCAGCAUUGUGAGUAUUCUCGCUACAGUUCGCUCUCUUUCUCUCCGUUAUGCUCUGACUACAACCACAGCUUCCUCGUGUCCUCGACCAAGGGUGGGUCUUUCAAAACUCUCUCUCUCUCAAAAACUUUGAAUAAAAACACUCCCACAAAUGCUGCUGGGAUUGAAUUUAUUCAUGUUCGCCAGUCCUGGUCUAAGUAGUAACAACAUUAGGCACCAUAUUUGCAGCUAGAGCCUGUUUAAUUCAGCGAUGUUGCUUGUCACAAUUUUGCGACUUUAGCGCUUAAAGUGUUAAUUUGAUAAACUUAAGAGAUGUUUGUUAUGACUAAAAUUUGGCCUAGCAGCUCAUAGCACAGUGGCUUGUCAUACAACAAUCUAAAAUAAUGAUUUUUCAAUCACUUUUAAGGGACUUUAAAAUCCCUGUAGCAAAAUGUGUACUCCACACAUUGUUACAGGGAUUUUGUCAGUAGGCAGUAUUUAACACUGUUAAUGACAGCAAUAAAAACAUUGUUUUCAUUAAAAUGUGGUUAUCAAGUUGAAUUCAAGUUUAUAUGAGACUCAUUCACAUAAACUAUACAUUUUAUGCAAAGUUUUUCAGCCAUCUAAGAGAACUGUUGUAGAGAAAUUACAUGACUUCCUGUUAAAGAGGCUAAACAUUGAAAUUCGGUAUAAUACAGGUAUAAUAAUCAAUGAAUACUAUAAAUUCAAGAGAAUAUAUUCAAAAUGUAACUGUUCCUCAGACAUUUUCUUUAUCCUGUGUUCAAAGGUUCAUUAUCUGUGGCUUCAUUUGCCCCGUAAGAGAUGUCAACACAACCCCUGGUGGAAUGGGAAACCGGUCUCUUGGACUGCUUUGAGGAAGCCAGUACCUGCUGCUAUGGUUUCUGGUGCUGUCCCUGCCUCACCUGCACCGUUUCUGGGAGAUUUGGAGAGAACACUUGUCUGUCUUUAUGGGACAUUGGCAGCACUCUUUUGACGCUCUAUGGGAUUCCUCUGUGUGUACCUCCUGCAGCUCUGUCCAUGAGGGUUGCCAUGAGAAACAGAUAUGGUAUCAAGGGUUCUCUCUGUAACGACAUCGCAGUUUCCUGUUUCUGUCGGUGGUGCUCCUGGUGUCAGAUGCAUCGAGAGUUGAAACAUCGAAAGAAAUACCCCACUUUUGUCAAUGUGCAUAAUCAAACCGUUUUUGCUAUGCAGCCUGCUCCUGCCAUGAUGAUGCCCCGAGGGUUUGUGGCUCAGCAAAAUGUUGGAACCCAGCAAGGUGUUGUGACCCAGCAAGAUUUUGUGAAGCAGCAAGGUGUUGUGACCCAGCAAGAUUCUGUGAACCAACCAGGGGUGAUGAUGACUCCCUACUGAGCUUUCAGGCUUCUCAUUGGUUCGUUGAGUUGUGUUAGUGUUGGCUGUUACAUUGAAGACAACAUUCAUGUAUGAUUUCAUCUAUAUAAUUAAAAAGUUUACUAUGCAA